CUAUCAGCCCUCCGAGCCAAGUAAGUUUCCCCUUCCUUCUCUACGCCCGGUCAGGUUCCCCAGUCCUCUAUUCCUGACCCGCAUCCCGUUAAUCAGAUGCCCGGUGAAACUUUCGUGGGGAGGGAUGACCCGGUCGAUGACGAACCGGGCCCCUAUGACCCUGAGCACGAAACCCGGGAUGCGUGGGAGGAGCGACUUCAUGCUGCCGGUUACUUUCCGCUUCCCACCUUCUACGUCCUUGACAUCCCUUCCCGGGUAUCCAAAAUCGCCCUGAACAAAAUUCGUAGGAGGCUCCCGGACGGGUAUACCCUCCUGUACGAACCCAACUGGCCCAACAUUGUCGAACCCCACCGGGAGGAUAGGAUAGGGUUCCACACCAUUUCCCUGGAUGCGGGCAUAGUUUUUCCCCUUCGCCCCCUCCUAACCGAAGUAUGCCACUCGUUUGGGAUUUUGCCCGGUCAAAUAACUCCCAACGCCCACCGGUACCUCCAUUCCUUUGUAAAUAUCUGUACCCAUCUGAAAAUCUUCCCUUCUUUGCGUCUUUUCCUUUUUUGCUUCGAAGUCCUACCGGGCGGAGCUGGCUGCGAAGGCUUUGUAUUCUUCAAAGCCCGCACCGGUAGAAAGUUCAUUUCCGAAGUCCCCCAGGGUAACCGGGGAUGGAAGGAAAAGUUUGUUUUCAUCGAGUUUCCCCCCUUCUUCACUCCUCUGGCCGGUCUGAAAUGGAAUGACCAUCUCCUCGACCAAGAGUAUGCUGCACCGGCCUCCUCCCCAGACUUGGAAGCUAGUCUCGAGAUCCUCAUGCGCGGGGAUCCUCAAACCGGGAGGAUCUUCCAUCAAGGCAGCUGGGCGGGGGAGAUUGGGCCGCACACAACGGACCGGUUGGGGAUGAGUUCCCCUUCUGAAGUCGAACGGCUGAAGAAGGAGAAAGAAGAGAUGGCACUCAUCCUGAGGAGCCAGGCUGAUGAGCUGAUCCGGCUGUCUGGGCUGGCCGGGGCAAUGAAGAUCGAGAUCUUCCAACUGAAGGAGGAGAAUGGCCGGCUCCUGGAUGAAGUCGCUGAAGCCAAGAGGGAAGUAGCGGAGAAGGAAGAAACCUUCCCCGGGCGCGCAGCUGCCUGGGUGGAAGAGAAUAAGGCUGAAGCUGCCCGGGUGAUGACGGCGACUCCAGAGACGACGAUGGAGUCCUUCAGGCUUCUGUACCGGGAGCCUGAAGGAAAGAAGAUGAUUACCGCGAUUGGAUCCUUCGGAUUCAAGAGCGGUCAAAAGAAGGACAGGAUCGCCUCUCACCGGGUACUGCUCAGAAGAGAUCCAAACUUCAGCGCUGCAUUCUAUGGCCUGGCUCCCAUCCCGGAAGAAGAGCCAACCCCCCCUUCCCCCUAGAUUAGGUUCUCCCCGGCUGCGCCCGGUCGUUUUUGUAAAACUUGAAACCUUAUCAAUUUCCCCGGGUAUGCCCGGUGUAUCUGUAAACAUUUGACAUUUCCUGCCUUAAAUGCCAUGUUUAUUUUCCUACCCGGUUAAUCUUCCAUAUCUGCUUGCUUGUUGAUUUAUACUUUGCUCUUGCUUCUUAGAAUACCAUCAUAGAAAUUCUGACCGGUACAUAAAUCAGGCCACUUCUC